CUUCCCCUUUAAGACGCUUUGUGGAGUAGCACAGAGGCCGAAUCUCCAGCUGAUCGUCAGUGAUUCUCAUUCUCGCACCGUCUCAUCCACACGAUUCGCGCUGAUCUUUUGGAGAACCAAACAUCUGUCUAAAUAUCCCGCAAAUGUCAGAGCUGGGUUUCAAAGCAUCUUUGGCAUCUUUGAUGCCUGGAGCUCGCGCGUCUCUGGAUGCAGCGCGUGCAAAUGGAUGCGUGUGCGAGCGCGUGUCCUUGAGUUGAGCACCACCAGCAUGGGAUGUUUCUCCAUCGCACGGCCGAUUGCAUCUUGAAACGAAAGCACACGGCGAUAAAAUAAGAGUAAAUGUGUAUUUUUGCUCUUUGAUGUGCUGGAGAACACAGCUGGCGUGUCGUCUGUAAUGGAGGAGACGAGAUGAGAAAGUGACGGCGCGUUUGAAGAGGAAUCUGUAUUUGUGUUGCGCAUCAUCAGUGAUUCUGUGAAGAUGCCGAGGAGUUUACGCAGGCUGGUGCACCUGGUGCUCUUCUGUCCCUUAUCUAAGGGUUUACAGUCCCGUUUACCUGCAGUAAAGGUCAAGUACCUGUUGGUGGCGUGGUUUGGGAUUCUGGUGGCCAGCUGGGUGAUUUACAUGCAGUAUUCCUCUUAUUCAGAGCUCUGCAGAGGACACGUCUGUACCAUGCUCAUCUGUGAUCAUUACCGCAGAGGUAUCAUCUCGGGGUCGGUGUGUAAGUCUCUCUGUGAGGAAAAAACUCUGUCUCUUCAGCACUGUCUUUCAACGUCACCAACGCACCAGGUGUACAGUGCUGUGUGGAAGGAGAAAGCCGUGUUGGUGAAGUGCGGCAUUGAAGAGGGCAUGAGAGGAGAAAAUGGUCCUGACACUCCACUACGGCAUGACAACAGCCUCUAUGAUAAACCCACCCGCGGUACAUCCAUGGAUGAAUUCAGAGCGAUGCUGCAUUCCUUCCUCAAGGACAGUGUUGGAGAGCAAUCGUCUCUUGGCACCCUUGUAACCCGUGUGAUUUCUUUAGCUGAUGUUAAUGGUGAUGGCAAAGUUUCGUUAGCAGAGGCGAAAUCCGUGUGGGCUUUGCUUCAGAUCAAUGAAUUUGUUUUAAUGGUGGCACUGCAGGAUAAAGAACACGCUCCCCACCUGCUGGGCUUCUGUGGAGACCUUUACGUGACUGAACAUGUAGCACACAGCGCCCUCUUCAGGCUGGAGGUGCCUGGCUGGCUACAGCCAGUGUUUCCAGAGGCAUUGGGCAUCGCUCUUAACCAGUGGCUCGCUCCUGCAUGGCCCCGCAGGGCUCGAAUAACCAUCGGUCUGCUCGAGUUUGUGGAGGAGGUGUUCCAUGGCAUUUACGGAAGCUUCUACAUAUGUGACGCAAGCCCGAGGCGGGUUGGGUACAAUGCGAAAUAUGACUUCAAAAUGGCAGACCUUCAGAGCGUAGCAUCGGAAGCAACCGUCAAGGGGUUCCUGCGAGGGAGAACUUGCGAGGCAAAUGCCGACUGCACUUACGGGCGAGAUUGUACCGCGACGUGCGACCGAUUGGCAAGGCAGUGCAAUGUGGAGGUGGUGCAGCCCAACUUGGCCAAGGUGUGCGCACUACUGCAAGACUUCUUGCUCUUUGGAGCGCCAUCAGACCUGAGGGAAGACCUGGAAAAACAGUUACGCACCUGUGUAACUCUCAGCGGACUUGCCUCGCAGAUGGAGGUGCAUCAUUCCCUUGUUCUGAACAACCUCAAAACACUACUGUGGAAGAAGAUCUCGAACACCAAGUACUCUUGAGACCAACAUAGAGAUGAUCAAGAGAAAGGCAACGAAGAGCAGGGGAAUUGGAGACUUCCUGAGAGCGAAAGUGGGGUCAGCACAGCAGCCUCUGAAGGGCCAACAGAAUAGCUGAACUCUGCCAGCCCCUACGGACAUAAAAUCUGUCGAACAUCAAUCACCUUUAAGAGAGAAUAUAGUGUAUGCUCUGAAAGGACAUACACUACAUCCCCACCCACUAUUUUGAUCAAGCGACUCAAUUGAAGACCCUUUAAUCAAUAGAAACACCCCUUAGCCUGAAAGAUCUACGAUGAAGUAAGACUGUCCAAUUAGGAACAAAGACAAUUGGAGGACAUUUAUUUGACUGUGCAACCCCUUCCCAAAUUUUGCUAAGUUCUGCUAGGUCAGCUUUUGGUUAAGGAUCUGGGCUGCAAGCACAAUGAUAGUAGGGUCAAUUCCAAGUAGAAGUAACCCAAGGAAAGGAGAGUUUCUAAGAGGAUGGUCUUGCUCUACAUCCCCACCCUCUAUUUUACUUGAGCAAUUAAUCUGACAACCCUUUAAUGCUAUAGAAAAACUAUCGGAAGAGUCUCUUUCCUUUGGCCGAAAUUUCCAAGGUGAAGUUAAAGUCUAAUUGGGAACAAAGACAACUAGAGGACGUUCUUUGACCAUGCAAAACCCCUUCCCAAAUGAAACCUUGAGUCCUGCUUGGUGAACUUUUGGUUAAGGAUCGGGGCUGCAAGCACAAAGAUAGUAGGGUUGAUUCCAAGAAGUAGUAACCCAAGGAAAGAGUUUGGAAGAGGACGGUCUUGCUCUACAACCGCUAUACCCUUGAGCAAGUCAUGCAACUUUUGGUUGCGACUGCAGGACUGUUCCUGGAACGUUUUUGUGAUGUAAACUACAUCCACACACCUGUUUUGACUUUCAACAUGGAACCAGAAUGAUCUUUAGCAAUGUUUGGAAGCACCUUUCCUUCAAAGUCAAGAAAUGUCUGGACUCUAGGCCAAAACCUGCAACACAUCCAAGACGUCAACAUUGGAAUGAGUAUGAGUAAAGGAAUGAGGUUAUAUUGUCUUUUUACAGAGUGUAUGGUGUGUUAGUGUGUUUGUGUGCUUGUUCUAGGAGGAUGCUUUUUCUCAUGUUGUAGUUUCACAGGAAGGAAUUCCUUUUCCGGGCGUUCUGAAGCAUUUGUGAUGGGAUUUGCUAUGCUUGAACUGUGAGAUUACUUACUGUGUUUCUCAGGGUAUGUGUGUUUAUGUCUGAAUGUGUUUGGAAAAUGGUUACUAUUAACAUUAGAAUUGUGGUGUCAGUACACAGUUUGAGGAAUCACGGUCUAGUGAACCGUGUAUGUGCAGAAAGUGUGUGUGCACACUGUAAACACUUCCACUUUACUUACAGUAGCCACUUUUAUAAACAUCUCACACUAGCAUAACUAACAGAUCUCAGAUUGCAUCUCAUUAAUACUAAACAACAUGCACUUUCCACGAAUAACCAACAGGAAGUACAUCUGAGUAUUUACAUUAAGAAUCAUGCGACCAAGCGCACAUUUUCAAGAUCAAUCUCCUCCCAGACUUUGUGGGAACAACCCUAAAAUUUCAUUCUUGCACAUAUUAACACACAACUAUGCGAGAGUUGAAAGGACGAUGAGCUUUUGUCUUCUAGUGUGUGCUAGGCUUUAGUACAAUUACAUGUUGUUGAAUGAAGUGAUUUUAUGUACUUUAAAUCAUGUUUCUUAUUUUAUUCUGUGUCUCUGUAUGGAGAGCAGCACAAUUAGCAUCUGGCCUUGUUCAGGCUUCUAAAUACUUAUUUAUUUUACCUCCAUCAUUCUGUUCAACUAUUAUUCAAUGAUUAGUAAAUGUUUGAAACUCA